AUGCUAAUUACCUUGCUUUCCAUCUCGUCCAGCGUGCGUGUUCGCGCCGUGGUGAUGACACGUGACGACUCCAGCGGCGGCUGGGUGCCCCUGGGCGGCGGCGGCCUUAGUCAUGUGGUCAUCUGCAAGGGGCGGAGCCACAAGCGGAGGGAGUACGUCAUCCGUGGAGAGAGGCUGCGAGACGGAGCGCCGGUGCUGGAAUGCGCUGUGCAAAAGGGGUUGGUCUACAACAAGGUGAACCCCAUUUUUCAUCACUGGCGGGUGGGCGAGCGCAAAUUCGGCCUCACCUUCCAGAGUCCCGCCGACGCCAUUUCCUUUGAGAAGGGUCUGCGGGCCGUCAUCGACAAAUUGGACCGAGGGUCAUACUCACCCUUGUUGUCUACCCCGGAGGAGGCGGACACCGAGGACGACGGGCAAGCUUCCCAUACAGGCAGCGAGUCGUCCUCCAACAGCAGGAAGGAGAUGCUCCCGAAGCCCAUCACUAUUGUGACUAGCGAAUCGUCCUCGAUGUACUUCGUGCGAACCGAGGAGUUCGCUUUUACAUCCGGCGGAACCACGCAGACACCCGCCCAGAUCCACGCCAGGCCGGGACAACACCAGCUGUCACAAAUGACUGCCGCCUUGAAUCCCCCGUCACCGCCGCCUCCGGCCCCGCCGUCCCCACCCGCCGGGCCCCCUGCCUCGUCGCCGCUAUCGCCAACCUUUUCCCUGCUGGAGGAGGGGGACCUGCGCAGCGUGGAUCCCUGUAAGGACCUGUGGGGGUCCAGAGGGUAUGAAGACUAUCGACGAGCGGGGUCUACCAGGACUAUGGUUGGGGGGCUGACGGGAGGCGUGGUGGUGAGCAGCGGGGGGAGCCUGCAGGACAAGUCGGAGCUGUGCGUGGUCCGCUUUGAGAAGGAGAUGUCCGGGCUGGGAACGGGGGGCUGCGACGUCACAGUGAGCCUGGAAAGCAAAGCGGCUCAGCGCCUGUCCUCGUCCCCGCCCACCUGCAUGUCCAUCCCCAACGCUGUGUCCGGCGGGUCCUCAGGGGCCGGCUCCCCCCAGGAGACCGGCAAAGGCUCCCCUUCGCCGUGCUGCAUUCACACCUCCCUGGCCACGCCACGCUCACGGACUCGUAAGAGGGGCGGGGACCCGGGCUCCAUCUCUCCCGAUGACGACAGCCCGUGCCCGCAAGCAUCAUCCUCGUGCUCGUCCCGCUGCGUUUACUGCCGAUCGGUGUUCAGCGCCUCGGAAAACGGCCGGGGCCGCUGCAGGGACGCCCCGGACCCGGCCCUGCGCUGCCUACGCCAAUGGACCUGUGUGUGGUGCGCCGAGAGCCUGCUCUACCACUGCAUGUCGGACUCCGAGGGUGAGUUCUGGGAGCCGUGCUCCUGCGACGACUCCAUGGGGGGCCACCCGCACCCCCUGUGCUGUGCCCGCUGGUUGGCCCUCCUGGCCCUGUCGCUCUUCGUGCCCUGCAUGUGCUGCUACCUGCCUUUACGCGCCUGCCUGCGUUGCGGCGAGCGGUGCGGCUGCUGCGGGGGAAAGCACAAGGCGGUCCGAUGA